UUUGUCAACUUGGUCAAGCAAAUUACGAUUCUUGUAAGCUAGCAAAUUUCUUCAAUCUUCCUUCCGUUACAAUAAAGUUGAGGUAAAGGGGUCGUCUGUCGUCAGCUUUAUCAUCCUGAGAUUUUUGAGGGUCUUGCUGAAAAAAAGAUGUUGGCUGUUUUUGAGAAAUCAAUUGCAAAACCACCUGAAGAGCUGAGUCUUCCUUCUUCAAUGGGUUUAGAGAAGUCCAUGACCCGAGAACAAAUCUUGGAGAAUUUUCGGUCUUCUUGUACUGAGUUGACUGUGUGCAAUCUUGCAAAUCGGAAUUUCAUGGCCUUGUCUGAAGAUGAUAAUAGUUUUGAACACCCCAGGUCUAUCGUUGUCGUAGACGACGUCUUCUGUAUUUUCAUUGGAACUCUUGAAAACACUUCAGAUCUUAGACGCCAUUAUGGCCUUCAAAGACAAGCAACGGAAGCCAUCGUUGUGGUUGAGGCCUAUAAGGUUCUAAGAGAUAGAGCACCUUACCCAACUGAUCAAGUCAUUAAAGAUCUCCAAGGAAACUUUGCAUUUGUCCUCUUUGAUGCUGCAUCUGGUACUCUUUUUGCAGCCAGGGACCGUAAUGGAGGCGUUGAACUUCACUGGGGAUUGGCUGGUGAUGGAUACUUGGUCUUUUCCAACAAUCCCAACUUCAUCAAAGAAGCUUGUGGAAACUCUCACUCACCUUUUCCUCCAGGCUGCAUUUUCAAGAAUGGAAGUGAGCUAAAAAGCUUUGAUCAUCCACUACACAAGGUAAGAGCAAUUGCACGUGAAGAUGACAACGGAAGCAUCUGCGGGGUCAUUUUUCAGGUGGACUUGUACACUCGACUCCACAGCAUUCUGCGCACUGGCAGUGCGGCUAAUUGGGCAGACGAAACUGUUGUCAUUUUCGAGGGAGAAUCACGACCAGAUGAGAAAGAUCUCAAUGCUUUUUAGAGAUAAAAAUGAUCGAGACAUGAUCAAAUCAGUUUAUUAACGCUUCAUGAGAUUGCAGAACAAUUUGG